AUGGAGGGAUUGGCCAACUAUAAAAUGGCCCGGGGCUCACCAGCCAAGCCCUGGGAGGAGUGGGAGAAGGCAGCCAGCUUCUCUCCAGCCUGCAAGGUGGGGUCUGGGUGUGUGUAUGGGGAGGGGCCCAGUCUUGGCUCAGCUGAGGAGGGGGAAUGGCCUGUCUUGGUCUCAGAGCUGCGGAGCAAGCCCUGGAGACGGCUCACUGUGCCCACUGAGAGCAGAUGUCAUGACCGGGCCGUCCUGCUCUACGAGUACGUGGGCAAGCGCAUCGUGGACCUGCAGCACACCGAGGUCCCCGACGCCUACCGCGGACGUGGCAUUGCCAAGCACCUCGCCAAGGCCGCUCUGGACUUCGUGGUGGAGGAGGACCUGAGGGCCCACCUCACGUGCUGGUACAUCCAGAAGUACGUCAAGGAGAACCCGCUGCCGCAGUACCUGGAGCGCCUGCAGCCGUAACCCCGGCCCUGCAGGGCGGGGGCCCUCCGUGCCAGACCUCUCCCUGCGGCCUUUGCCCUGGCCCUCCGCGUGCUCUCAGGAAACCCGGUCCCUGCGGGGGACAGACUCAGAGUUAUUUUUGUAAGGACACUCAGCUGUGGCCCCUGGAGGCCGCUGGCCGAGGAUGGGCAGUGGUCCAGCUACCCCAGUAGAGGGGAGGCCCGGCCACCGAGGGCCCAGCUGCUCCCCCUCCGCAGACGCUGGCUGGCUUCUCAGAAGGCCUCCAGAGCCGUUUGUGGGCGGGCCUGCAAGGGCCCGCUGCCAGGACCCGAGUGCAGUCUGGGUCCCACCUGCUGUUCCCAGCUCUGUGAUUGGCAGUAGGGCAGUGUGGGGCCCCCUCUGCCACCACCUAGGUCUGGGUCCUUUCUGCAGAUGAGGAGGGCGUCCCCUGAGUGAAGAGGAGCAAUAAGAAACCUCGUGUGCCAACUUCCCAGGGGCGUAACACCGAGCCGCAGCUGCCACCAGCACCGCCUCUCUUCCUCCAGCUCAUGUGCCCUGGCACUGGGGGGGCAGGCCAAGGCGAGGGGCAAGCCUCCCUCAUGUGCAAAGCCCGGAACGGGUGCACACGUGAGCACACAUGCACGCACACACACAUGCAUACACGCACGCACACACAACACUAUGUGCAGGACCGUGCAUCAGCGGAGGGAGUGCUGGGUAUUCUCUCCGUGGUGCCUGUUCCCUUCACUCGUUGCCCCCUGGUCUGUCAGCUCUGCAGGAAAUCGACACCUCCCACCCCUGGCCCCUUGUGGCUGCCCUCCCUGUUUGCCCUGCCCGCCUGGAGCCAGCUCCGGGUGUGGCCUGAGCACCAAGCACUGGAAAGCCCCCCUUCACUGGCUUCUUGGCCACCGGCAGGGGGGGCUUUCUCAGACACAACCCUUUGGAGGUCAAGUGAAAGGGAGGCAAACUGUCCUCCAGAAACUGUCCUCACCACCCCGUGGGAAGAGACAUUUCUGCGGAGAGACUUCCUCCGUGGCCACUGGUGGCCGGGCACAUUCUGUGGCCUGGCUGGAAUUCCAGGGUCCCGCCCAGACCAACUUCCCUGGCCUUGGAGGUGCACACCAGCACCCUUUUUUCUGCUGGCCUUUUGAGCUCGUUAGGGCUCUGGGUCUUCACCUGUGUUCUACUUCCCACAAGGUCAAAUCCAUGCCUGCUUCUCUGUGGAGCUGGAGGGAGACCCUGGGGCAGAGUCCCUUUGGGGCUGAGAUGUCAGUUAACAGCACAUCUGGAAGGGUAUUCUGUCCCCUCCAGGCCUCCGGCUGGGAGUGGGUUUGGAGAGGUGUGUAUGCUGGGGGACCAGAUGCCACAGUGACCCCUCCCUUUUCUCUGACUCGCCAUGGCAUCCAUUGGCCUGUGGUCGCCUUUUCCGCUCACCUCCUCACUUUGUCUCUGCACCAAGCUCACCACUACCACGGCACAGCUCAGGGGCCCCCUCACACAUUUGCACAGACACCUUCCCACUCAGCGGCAGGAACAUCUAGGUCAGCAGGUGCACAGAGGCCUGGCAGACUGCCCACGGGGGUCCCUGCGCCCCAGAGAGGCACUGGGCUCAGCAUCCCCCACCCACUCCAUGCGCCAGUCUCCAAGAAUUCCCUGAGGGCUGAGGACACCCCUCACUGUCUCGCCAUGCCCCUCAGCUCUGUUUGCCAAGGGCUAUCGUGAGAAGCCAGAGAAGCCCUUAGGCCUCCACUGUGCCAGGGGUCCCUGGGCAGGAAGAACUCCAGCAGGAAGUAGGCUCAGCUGCUGGGUCCCCUCCGCGGCUGGGCUGUCACAUCCCUGGUGCGGUGUGAGGAAGGAGCAGCUCGUAGGCCCAAGUCCAGGAUCUGGGCCUUCUCCCUCUGACUCCUGAAGCCAUGGGGUUAGGGGUCCCCUCUCCCUCCCAGCCCACACAUGCCUUCCCAAGGUCAAGCACAGACUCAGUCAUGAAAACUCCUCCCCAGUAGCUUCAGCAAUCUGGUGCUGCCUCCCUCCAUGGUCUACAGGGUGACGUGAGUACCUGGAGAGUACUUGGCCCCAAGGUCCUCCCGGCCCAUCCAAGGGAGGGUGCCCUGCAGCAGUGACACACAGGGCCCCAGGGCAAGCAGGGCAUACAAGAGCAGAGAGCCGGGGGUAGGGGGGAUCAAGAGAGAGCAGCCCUGUUCCAGUCCCCAGUGUUUCCCAGCCCUAACCUGUGUUCUCACAGCAGGUGACAUGCCACACUGUCCAGCAUACACGCAAAACACUUUGUACUUGAACCAGGAGAAAUGCAGGGUCUCAGGAGGCUUGUACAGCCCUGGGCCCAGGAACAGCUUGUCCCCAGUUCCCACAGGAGCGAAACCGGAGCCUCGUCAACUCUGGCUGCCUUAACGUACCAUUGCCCCCAUGCAUGGGGCACAGCUGUGGGGCCAGCCCGGCCCUCAGCCCUCAGCAGAGCCUCAGGGCAGCAACAGCCUGCUCUCUGAGGCUGGGACCCUGGUCUGCAGCAGAUGCAGGCCCCGGAACCCCCAGCCCACCUCUACCGGCCUGCCCCCCCCCCCCCCCGGUGCUACUUAGUCUAUUCCAGCCACACCGCCACCCAUCUGGGGAGUUCCAGGAGCCCCUCCUCAGGAGGUGGGUCACUUGGGCCGGUUCUUGCACCACCCUGCAGGGGCUGGGGGACUCUCGGGGAUUCCACUGCCCCCCCCCAUUUCCAGCAGACUGCCCCCAAAGGCCCUGUACUCUCCUGCCAUGUCUCACUUGUGGGUUUUUCUUGCCCAGUGAAAAUAGGGGGUAACUCAUGUGCCUUUCCAACUCAGGACCUGUUCCAGGUGGUGUCUGGGCCAAGGCUGGUCUCCAGACCUGCUCCCUUUUGUUAUUUUUCAAACUCCCGAACAGAUUGCAUGGCAUUCAUUUCAAUAAAAGGUGUGACGCGGUCGGA